AUGGCCGUUGUUGAAACUGUUUGCCCAGUGGACCAGAACGAUGCGGCCCUUCAAGCUGUCGCCAAAGAGAAUGGUGUCGAUGAAGGCAUUUGUGGUUACGUGUCGACUCUGUUGGCCUUCCACUUGUCUCAUCAACGCUGUCCCACGUCUCGACGGGACCUGGACGACUUUCUUGCUUUGAUACCAAAAGAGAUCAUCACGCCCGACACACUACGCCAGUCCAUCCAAGCUGUCAAAAAGAGGCGACGGGAUUAUGUAGAACAACAUCCCCAAGAAUUUGCGGCCGAAGGAGAAGAUACCUGGGACGGAAUGGCACAGCAACAGCGUGUCUCUCCCGAUUACUACCUGCGAUCUCCUCUGGGCGUUGUGGAUGUGGCGUGGAUUCUUUCCCAGCAACAGCAACAAUCGAUAGAUAAAAGAGACGACAACAGCAACAAUCAUGGAAUUCCUCUGGUGAUUAGCAUCCCCACGUCUCCUCACUUUGGGUCCUAUGGGGAUUCUCUGGAAGAUGUACUCAAAGCACUUCCAUUUAGCGAAGAUCGCAAUUGGAUUUCCAGAGCUGCAAGCAUUGCAGAUACAACGUGUCAAUCUACAAUGGAUGACAGAGGGGCAUCAUGCUGUCUCCUGGUGCAGUAUCCUGGAUCCAGCAGCAAUACGACGAAACGUCUACUAGAUGCAUCAGACGCCAGUCAAAUGAACUUUCGAGACUAUGAAAUGUGCUGCCCUGCUGUCUUAUACUAUGGAGAUCACGUUGUCUGCGUCGUACCUGUGCUGAUUCCUUCUGGAGAAAUCCAAGCUGGUCAGCAACAACUCCAAGAGACGCUACUAGUCCUAGAGUCUCUUGUCCCUACAGAAGAAGAGAAAGAGGGAUCCAAUUUCCAGCAACAACCACUUCGAUGGCAACCACAAGUCUAUGCCAAAGCUCUGUUCUCGUAA